UCUUUGAAUGAUCUCAUGUUAUGACUCAAGAUAGCUGCUCCUUCCAGCCAUGAACGUCUUAAUUGUGCUUGAUCUUAUAAAUAUCCAAAUACUCUGAGUUACUAGGACAUCACUGAUACUCUUACAUGAACAAGGACAGUGUGUAAGAAACUGUGGCUUUGCCAAUACAUAGAUCUUCCUUCAAGACAAAACCAAUGCCAUUAUGAGACACUUGGAGAGAAUUACAAUUCUCUGGACUUGCUUUCAAUUCGGAACUAUUUUUAUCCCAUUCGUAACCAGCUAUGGGUUUAGGAACUGUAUACAAAACUAUGACAAUUAUGACAGUUACAUUUGUGUUUAUCGCCACCUGCUGGACAUACAGAGUGCUGUGUCUGAUCUUCCAAACAACACUAAGUAUCUAAACAUAUCACAGAACAAAAUCAAGACCUUAAAUCAAGGAUGUUUUGCUCAUAUGCCCCUGAUCCAGCAGUUACGUUUGGACUACAACAAUUUAAAAAUAAUAGACUCUGGUGCAUUUGAUAAUUUGACGUCCUUAGAAAUCUUGGAUCUCUCAAACAACAAAAUAUCUAAUCUACCUCAAAGUGUCUUUAGGGGUCUUAGAAAUCUAACAAAGCUACUUCUUCAUCACAAUUCCAUUGUCUCCAUCCAUGUUGAGGUAUUUAAGCCACUUGAAAAUCUAGUAUUUAUCAACCUGUCCUCUAAUUAUUUUGACAAUUUCAAUGGUAUUGUUGGAUCCAUUCAACCAUUACAGAGACUUGAAACCCUUUUGAUAUGCAGUAACCACCUAACCUCUCUGAAUCACACCUAUAAACUCCCUUUAUCACUGUCUCGAAUUUUUAUUUGCAAAAACAACUUGCGAAAUUUAGAUUGCGAAACUGAUUUGUUCCAUAACGUACAGCUCCUGGACCUCACAUACAACAACAUGACCUCGUCUUCAUUGCAGUCUUUGAACUUAACCAAGAUAAGAAAUUUGUACGUUGGAUUCAACAAACAUUUUGACAUAUUUGAAUUUAUGAAAAAUUCUAACGUAUCACGAGGUAGUAUAAGUUAUUCCGCACUUGACCUUCAUAAUUUCAGUUUCCUACAUAGAAUGUGUACUUCUUUCUUAAAAGGCAUCAAUAUAACUACACUCACUCUAAGUGAAAAUAAAAUUAAGAUUUUGAAAAAAGACACUCUUAAAAGCUGUACUGUCAAAACCAGUUUGGAUUUAUCUAGAAAUAGGUUGAAAAGUGUUAACUGUUUAGAUUUUAUGGAUAUUUCUGAAUUUAAGACUUUGAUUAUAGAGCACAAUCUGCUAAAACAAUUAACUAACUGUAUAAACGGGACAAAGUUUCCAAAUUUGACAUAUAUUUCCUUCCAAUACAACAGAAUCUGGUCAGUGAGCGAACAUGCAUUCAGUUUUGCACCCAAUUUACAGAAACUACAAUUGAACAUCAACAACAUUAUCUUUUUCCAAAGAGAGUCUUUCAGUGGCCUUAAAAGUCUGCAGUUAUUGCGGCUGGAUAAUAACCUGAUACCAGAUUUAUUUCCUGGCCUAUUUGAUAAUCUAACAGAGCUUCAAACACUCAAUCUUAGAAACAACAGACUAUCGGUUAUCUUUAAUAAUAUAUUUCAUAGCCUGGAAAAACUCGAAAUCUUGGAUCUAGGAGGCAACAAAAUAACACAGCUUGAAAUUGAUUGCUUUAAUGGACUUAAAAGCCUAUCCAAACUAUAUCUGGAUGGAAAUAAGAUUCAGACCAUCAGUAGUGAAAUGUUUCAUAGUGUAGAGACCACUUUACAAGUGUUGGACCUGAAGUCUAAUCAACUUAGUUUUGAAAUAUCAAGGAAGUCCUUUUCACCAUUUGCUUAUCUUUCCAAACUCUAUGACUUAAAACUCCAGAAUCAGCAACCAUAUGGCCUUACAACCAUACCUCAAGGUUUUUUUAAAGGUCUACGUUCCUUAAAGUCACUUUAUUUGGCCCAAAAUAGGCUUACAAAUCUACAUGCCGAUGUAUUUGAUGAACUCGGACAGCUGCAUUUCCUGGGUUUAGCUGACGAUUGUAAUGGAGUACAACACCUCCCAAAUGGAAUUUUUAAGAAUCUAACCAAUCUGCAUGUUUUGAGUUUGGAGAAUAUAUGUCUACAGACCUUAAAUCCGCAUGUAUUUUCAAAUCUUACAAGACUUAAAAAACUUCAGUUGACAAAAAAUGCUUUGAAGUAUAUAAACAUUGAUGUCUUGAAGAACAUGACUAACUUAAAAUAUCUUGACAUUCGCAAAUGCCCAAUUACCUGCACAUGUAAGAAUGAAUUUUUAAAACCAUGGCUUAACCAAUCUCAAGUGCAAGUUGUGUUUCCCUAUAACAUGCCAUGUCCUGGUAAUCCGACUUCACUCUUCCAUGACUUUGAUACCAAUAUCUGUGACUUGGCACUCAGAGUUGAUCUUUUUUGUGGAUCCUUAUCCUUUGUUUUUCUCUUUAUAAUUGUUCCUAUUGUCUAUAGCAAAUUGUAUUGGUGCAUCAAAUACAAUUACUUUCUCUUUAUUGCCUGGCUGCACGAACGCUGGAAAUCAGACAAGGAUAUGUACAAAUAUGACGCAUUUGUUUCCUACAACACCCAUGAUGAAGAAUGGGUCUACAAAACAAUGCUUCCAAGUUUAGAGUCCUGCAGUCCUUCUCCAGCCCUCCGACUUUGUCUUCAUCACAGAGAUUUUCAGUUGGGGAGGGACAUCAUAGACAAUAUUGUGGACAGUAUUCACAAUAGCCGUAAGACUGUCUGUGUGGUCAGUAGGAGCUACCUCCGCAGUGAGUGGUGCUCUCUGGAAAUGCAACUGGCUAGCUACAAGCUGUUCAGUGAGAUGAAGGAUGUUCUUGUCCUAAUAUUGUUGGAAGACAUUCCAGAUAGAGAACUUUCCACCUACCACAGAAUGAGGAAAGUCAUGCUAAAGAAGACCUAUAUAAAUUGGCCUUCAGAACCAGAAGCACAGAAGCUCUUUUGGGCUAAGCUCAUUAAGGCAUUGAGAGGCAUAGAUUCCCCUGAAGUGAGUACACAUUUCAGCUGUAACAUGGAGGAGGAACAUUUACUAAGUAUUAACUAAGCUGUUUCUCAUUUAAUGUGAAUAUCUUUAUGGAGAAGAAGCACGUAUUGUGCUUUAUGCUUUACAAUGAAGUACAUAAUUUUUCUCUUGUAUCCCACAUUAUUGUGGCCCCCUGCAAUGUAGAGUCUCUUUUUUCACCUAUAAUUAUUAAGACGUGUAUUGGUGCUCUUUCCCUGGUUUGAUUUG